AUGGGUCUUCUUCUUCACCAUUACUUGUCGGUGAUGAUCAUCAUACUCGUCGCCGUAGAGCUCUGCUUCUACUCCUCAAACUCUCAGAGCCUCACGUGCCAUCCACGUGACCUAGAGGCCUUGCGUGACUUCAUCAACGAGCUCUCCCCCAAGCCAGACAGUUGGGAAUUCAAUUCCACUGGAGAUUGCUGUGAAUGGGAAGGGAUCACAUGCGUCAGCUUAAACGAUCCGGACAACACUCUGAGAGUCGUCACCAAACUGAAGCUUGUGAGCAAAACACUCUCCGGUAAGUUGUCUGAAUCUCUUGGGAGACUGCAUCACCUUAGAGUUCUUAAUCUCUCCCGCAACUUCAUCUCAGGCUCCAUCCCUCCGUCAAUUUUCAAUCUCAAAAACUUAGAAGCUCUAGAUUUGAGCUCUAGUGACUUCACUGGCUUAAUCCCUGAGAGCUUGAGUCUUCCUUCACUGAAGAGUCUCUCUCUUUCCUCAAACAAUUUGAACGGUUCGCUUCCGGAUAAUAGUCUCUCUGGUUCAUUCAGUCCUGUAGAUGGUAACCUCUCCAGACUAGUUCAUUUAGAUAUCUCAUGGAAUAGAUACUCCGGGGAGAUCCCUGACGUGUUCAAGAAACUGCCAAAGCUAGAGUAUCUAAUCGCUAACUCUAAUAGAUUUAUAGGAGAGAUCCCUAAGUCAUUGGCAAAUUCAAAAACUUUGAGAUUGUUGAACUUAGGGAACAACUCAUUGAGUGGUCCUUUGUAUCUGAACUGUACUGUGAUGAGUAAUUUGACCUCACUUAAUCUUGGGACCAAUAGGUUCAAUAGCUCUUUCUUUGAACAUCUACCGUCUUGCAGGAAGUUGAGUUACGUUAAUCUCGCGCGAAACCACUUUGAUGGGCAAGUCCCAGAGAGCUUCAAGGACUUCCAUAGCUUGUCUUAUCUAUCCCUCUCAAACUGCAGCCUUGUGAACAUUUCAUCGACGCUUCACAUCCUUCAGCACUGCAAGAACCUGACAACUCUGGUUCUUACUUUAAAUUUCCAUGGAGAGAUGUUGCCUGAUGACCGGAGCCUUCAUUUCAAGAAGCUGAAGGUACUUGUUGUACCAAAUUGUAGGCUUACUGGUUCAGUGCCAAGGUGGUUGAGUAAGAGCACCAAUCUAGAGCUGUUGGAUCUCUCAUGGAACAGUUUAACUGGAGCUAUACCAAAUUGGAUCGGUGGUUUCACCAAUCUCUUCUUCUUAGAUUUGUCUAAUAACUCGUUCACAGGAGAGAUCCCAAAGAGUUUAACAAAGCUGCGUAGCUUCAUAAGCCGAGGUAUUUCAGCUGAGGAGCCGUAUCCAGAUUUCACAUUCUACUUACAUAGAAUUGCUGAGAAUGGAAGAUCUCUGCAAUACAAACAUGUUUCCAGAUUUCCACCAACGCUUGAACUCAGCCAAAACAAUCUCUCUGGACCCAUAUGGGAGGAGUUUGGAAACUUGAAGAACCUCCAUGUACUUAACCUGAAUGCCAACAGAUUAUCAGGACAGAUCCCUAGCUCGCUUUCAGGAAUGACAAGCUUGGAGGCUCUUGAUCUGUCUAAUAACCACAUUUCCGGUUCAAUCCCGACAUCUCUGCAGAAACUAACAUUCAUGUCCAAGUUCAGUGUUGCAAACAAUAGUCUCUCAGGGAGAAUCCCUUCUGGUGGUCAGUUUCAAACCUUUCCAAACUCGAGCUACGAGGGUAACGGUUUUUGUGAUUACGACUGGACUCGAUGUCAAGCAGAUACACUAGACAAAAACCGAGUAAGAACCAGUGAUGAGAGUGACAACAGUGCUAGUGAUGACUAUGCCUUAGAUUUUUCUUAUGGAGUUGCUCUUGGGUUUGGUUUAUCGUUUGUUGUUGUUGUAGCUUUCCAUCAGAAGCUGUUCCGAUUUUAA